ACGGCAAAAAAGAGGGAGGCUUGCGGGCAUCGCGCGCGCGACACGGGACUCGGAGGUCGCUCACGCUCUACUGGCGGCCCAUGAGCCCUCGCGUGGAGGGAGGAAGGGUGGGGAGGAGGAGGAAAAGAAGACAGGGGAAAGCGGAGGCCUUUGGUCCUGCGGCCGCCGGCACGUCGCGGGGCCUUCUCUGAGGAAGGUUUGCAGUGCGCCUGCGUGGAGCGGGCCUUGCUCUCUCGCUUUAUUGCCUCGCUGCGUGGCCUGCAUGACUGUUGCUGCGAGGGCGGCCCGUAACUUCAGCCCGUUCCUGUUGCCUGAGCUGAAAGACUGACGGAGAGUGGCCCGGCCGAGCCGGCGCACGGGAGGAACUUCAAGGAAGCUUCUUCAUCACUGUUCUCUUCUUGCGGCCGCCGCCGCCAGCACCUCUGCCGCUUCCAGCGGCCAUGGGUCCGACAUCCCUGUUAUGGAGGCGGUACUGGCGGCGGCGGUGGCUGAGCGACUGAAAGCGGAGUGCUGUGGGGGAGAAGGCGGCGGAGGCCACGGGGCUCUCUCUGGCGGUGUGUGGUGUCGUGCUGACGGUGUUUUUAACCCUUAGAUGGUCUCUAGCGAGCCGUUGUUGCUGCCUGUGUCACUGGAGGGCGAGUUCUCCAAUAGCAUGAAGGAGAUGAUCGGCGGCUGCUGCGUGUGCUCCGACGAGAGGGGCUGGGCCGAGAACCCGCUGGUUUACUGCGACGGGCAUGGCUGCAAUGUCGCAGUGCAUCAAGCAUGCUAUGGAAUUGUGCAAGUACCCACUGGACCUUGGUUUUGUAGAAAAUGUGAAUCUCAGGAAAGAGCAGCCAGAGUGAAAUGUGAGUUGUGCCCUCACAAGGAUGGUGCUUUAAAGAGGACUGAUGGUGGGGGUUGGGCUCAUGUGGUUUGUGCUCUGUACAUUCCCGAGGUGCAGUUUGCAAAUGUUUCUACAAUGGAACCUAUCGUGUUGCAGUCUGUUCCUCAUGAUCGUUAUAAUAAGACAUGUUACAUAUGUGAAGAGCAAGGCAGAGAAAGCAAAGCAGCCUCUGGUGCUUGCAUGACUUGUAAUAAACAUGGGUGUCGUCAGGCUUUCCAUGUAACAUGUGCACAAUUUGCAGGACUUCUUUGUGAAGAAGAAGGUAAUGGUGCAGAUAACGUCCAGUACUGCGGUUACUGCAAAUACCAUUUCAGUAAACUGAAAAAGAGCACACGGGGAUCUAAUAGGUCAUAUGAUCAAAGUUUAAGUGAUUCUUCCUCUCACUCUCAGGAUAAGCACCAUGAGAAGGAGAAAAAAAAAUACAAAGAAAAGGAUAAGCAUAAACAAAAACAUAAGAAGCAAACAGAUUCCUCACCAUCCUUGGUUCCUUCUCUCACUGUAACUACAGAGAAAACUUACACAAGCACUACCAACAACUCUAUGACAGGGUCAUUGAAGAGGCUGGAAGAUACCACAGCUCGCUUUACAAAUGCAAAUUUCCAGGAAGUCUCUGCACAUGCUUCAAGUGGCAAAGAUGUUUCAGAGGCCAGAGGUUCAGAGAGCAAAGGGAAGAAGUCAGCAGGUCAUAAUUCAGGUCAAAGGGGAAGAAAGCCUGGGGCUGGAAGGACUCCUGGAGCUGCGGUGUCGGCAGCUUGUACUUUUCAACAAGGAAGUUUUUUGGGAACUCCAAACAGUACGAAGUCAUCCUCUGGAAGUUCAGUUCAAUCUCCCCAGGAUUUUUUGAGUUUUACAGACUCGGAUCUACGUAAUGAGAGCUAUACUCAUUCUCAGCAGACAUUGUCAACCAAAGAUGUAUAUAAAGGAGAGAUUGGAAGCCAGGAAGGUGGUGUGAAUUGUUUUACUUCCUUAAUUAAUUUUCCUUCAACCUCAACUGUUGUCUCCCAGCCUAAUAUUUUUGACAGUUCACCUGGAGAGUUAGGUAGUUCAAACCUUACAUCAACGGGAUACAAACGUGCUCAGUCCUCUGGGACAGAAGAUGAGACUGUAAAGGAAAAGAAACGAAAAGGAAAUAAGCAAUGUAAACAUGGGCCUGGUCGGCCCAAAGGAAAUAAAAGUCAGGAGAUUUCCCACCUGUCAGUUUGUUCAGCCUCCCCAACAUCAUCAGUAGCAUCUGCUGCAGGAAGCAUAACAAGCUCUAAUCUGCAGAAGUCUCCAACACUGCUUAGGAAUGGAAGUCUACAAAGUCUCAGUGUGGGUUCCUCUCCUAUUGGUUCAGGAAUUUAUAGCAGUAAUGAUGUAGCAGUAUCAUUUCCAAACGUAGUGUCUGGCUCAGGAUCUAGCACUCCUGUUUCCAGUUCACAUUUACCUCAGCCGUCUGCUGGUCACGUGCAGCAAGUGGGAACUUUGUCUCUGUCUUCUACACCUUCUGUAGCUACAGUUGUUGCUGCAACUCAAGCACUACCUGGAUCUUCCCUUGGCUUUCCUCCCUCUCAUGUCUAUGGCAAUAGGUUAAAUUCUAACUCAACAAUGGCAUCACAUACCGCACAAGCUGAAAACAUUCAGUUAGAUCAAGACCUUGGAGACAAUAGCCGGAGUCUGGUUGGAAGGGGAGGUUCACCCAGAGGAAGUAUUUCGCCACGGUCUCCGGUAAGCAACUUACAGAUUCGUUAUGAUCAGCCUGGACAUAGCAGUGUAGAACAUUUGCCUCCGAUACCAUCUACUAUAGAACAGCUUCUGGAGAGGCAGUGGAGUGAGGGCCAGCAGUUCUUGCUGGAACAAGGAACCCCCAGUGACGUUUUAGGCAUGCUGAAGUCUUUACACCAGCUUCAAGUUGAAAAUCGCCGCUUAGAAGAGCAGAUUAAAAAUCUGACUGCUAAAAAGGAGCGCCUCCAGCUGCUAAAUGCCCAGCUUUCAGUUCCUUUCCCAACAAUAACAACCAACCCAAGUCCUUCUCAUCAAAUGCCUGUAUUUUCAGCCCAGACUGCUGUUAGCUCUGAUUCUCUGAACAGCAGCAAAAGCCCUAACCUGGGAAGCAGUUUUCUACCUGACAACUCCCUCCCUGUAUUAAAUCAGGAGAUACACUCCAGUGGACAAAGCACCAGCAGCUCCUCUGCUCUUUCCACUCCACCACCUGCUGGGCAAAGCCCAGCUCAGCAAGGCCCAGGAGUUGGGGGAGUUCAGCAGGUCAAUGGUGUGACAGUGGGGGCACUUGCCAGUGGAAUGCAAACUGUAACAUCCAACAUUCCCACAGUGGGUGGAAUAAUUGGAACUCUGCCAGGUAACCAGCUGGCAAUCAAUGGAAUCGUUGGGGCUUUAAAUGGCGUAAUUCAGACUUCUGCUACAAUAUCACAGAAUCCUUCUCCUCUAGCUCACACAGCUGUGCCACCAAAUGCAGUACAUCCUCUGCCAACCACGCUCAGUAACAGUGCCUCCGGACUUGGAUUUCUUCCUGACCAGCAGAGACAACUUCUGCUGCAUCAACAGCAGCAGCAAUUUCAGCAGUUACUAAAUACUCAACAAUUAACAUCAGAACAGCAUCAAGCGCUUCUGUAUCAACUGGUGCAACAGCAUCAACCUGAAGUACAGCAACUGCAGCUUUCGGGAGCAACGCAGAUUCCCAUCAAUAACUUGCUGGCAGGCUCUCAGGCAUCUCCACUUCAUACAGCUGCUACUAACCCAUUCCUUACAAUUCAUGGGGAUAAUGCAUCUCAGAAAGUCUCUAGGCUCAGUGAUAAAAGUGGAUCUGUUGCACCGGAAAAAAAUUAACACUUGAAAGAAUAGUAAAAUUGCAAAUCCUGCUGAUAGCACUUCAUCAGGCUGUGAGUUGCAGACUUUCUCUCUGCAGGUAUGAUGAGAGGCAUUGAUGAGCUAACUGCACACUGGAAAAGUGAAUCUACCUGAAGAUGUUUAUUGUAAAGUUUGACCUUGUUGCUUUUUGUUGCACUGAAACUGAACUGUUUCCCUCAAAUUGCGUGGAACUCGGAUUUCGCAUUAGAGCACUGUCAGUUUGGUCAACUGAUUGGGAUUCUGCUGUUGACAGAGCAGCCUUUUCACAACCUGCAGUGCUAAAGAUCAAAUGAAGAAAGCAAAGAAAAUUUGAAAUUUUUGCCAAUGACGUGGUGGUUUGUCAUCCGUGUUUUAGAAGCACCAUUUUUUUCCUCAGAAAAGAACCAGAUUUUAAGUGGUUUGUCUUACUAAAUUUUAAAAAUGUUUUGCUAGAGCUGGAACACUUAAAUGACAAGUAGUGGUUAACUUUGAGAUGGAUUUUUCAAGGUCACUGGAAAAACAUCUGUUGAAAAGUCAUAGAAAUCUUACCAGAUGAGAAAGUAAUUUCUGUUCUGGUAGUAUUUAAUGUAACCCAAGUGCCUGUUGCUCCCCUCUGUUGGGUGGGAAUGGCUUUAUACAGCUGGGCAUGCACUAAAUGAGUUAUAAAAGCCGCAAGCGUGUUCAAUUUUGCACCAGCAGCCUUCCUCGUUGAUCUGCCUUUACUAGAAGUGUUUGUCACUAUAGAUAGCUCAGGCAAAUCAUUACCUGGGUUGCUUUCCACUAAUAAAUUACCAAAAA